AGCAAUCUUUCACUCGCUCUUUACUGCAAACCUCUUCACAUUCUCUAAAACCAUCUCACUUCCUGUCAAUACUCAGAUACCUUUUCCUUCCUUCCUUCCUAGUUUAAGAACCGACCCAAGAAAUGGCUCUUAACGUCGCCGCCGCCACCAAGCUGGUGAAACCCGAGAACCAGCCCAGCCGUGCCUACGUCACGUUCUUGGCCGGGAACGGCGAUUACGUGAAGGGCGUGGUCGGGCUGGCCAAAGGGCUGAGGAAGGCAAAGAGCAAGUACCCGCUCGUGGUGGCAGUCUUGCCGGACGUGCCGGAGGAGCAUCGGAAGAUACUGGUGGAUCAAGGCUGUGUCGUGAGGGAGAUCGAGCCGGUUUAUCCGCCGGAGAACCAGACUCAGUUCGCCAUGGCGUACUAUGUGAUCAACUACUCCAAGCUCAGGAUUUGGGAGUUCUUGGAGUACAGCAAGUUGAUCUAUUUGGACGGAGACAUCCAAGUCUUCGACAACAUCGACCACCUCUUUGACCUCCCCAACGGCUUCUUCUACGCGGUCAUGGAUUGUUUCUGUGAAAAGACGUGGAGUCACACCCCACAGUACCAAAUUGGGUAUUGCCAACAGUGCCCCGACAGGAUCCAAUGGCCUGACCACGCCGGUCCAAAGCCGUCGCUUUACUUCAACGCCGGGAUGUUCGUGUAUGAGCCGAACCUCAAGACGUACCGUGAUUUGCUCGAGAAGCUCAAGAUCACACCUCCAACUUCAUUUGCCGAGCAAGACUUCUUGAACGAGUACUUCAAGGACAUAUACAAGCCAAUUCCCAAUGUCUACAACUUUGUGCUCGCGAUGCUGUGGCGUCAUCCUGAGAAUGUCGAGCUCGACAAGGUCAAGGUUGUUCAUUAUUGUGCUGCGGGGUCGAAGCCAUGGCGGUACACGGGCGAGGAGCAAAACAUGGACAGGGAAGAUAUCAAGAUGCUGGUGAAGAAGUGGUGGGACAUUUAUGACGACGAGUCUUUGGACUACAGAAAUAUCGUCGCCAGAGAUGAAGCGGCAAAGCGGGCGAACUUGGAGAGGUUCCUCGCGGCGCUAUCUGAGGCUGGAGUCGUGCCUUACGUGCCUGCCCCGUCUGCCGCAUAGCUGUUAAGGAGUUCAGGGGAUGUCCAAUAAGUUUGUAGAGGGAUUUUAGUGCCUUAAGUACAGUUUGAAGUUGGAAUUCUUAUUCCUUAAGAUGAAAGGCUUGUUUUUUUCUGCCUUUCAUUUCCUGGAUCUCUAGAGGUCUGAAGUGAAUUUCUAUUCUCUUUCUGUUUACAUUGGUAGGCUCAAAUCAUAUCGUCGGUUGUAACACUUUGUAGAUUAUGUUAUGAUUAAAUCAUCUUUCUGUACUAACCCUAUUCA